CAAAACCCCACAUCAUCUUCCAUCUCUCUCCACCAUCUCUAAAACCACGGCGAUGACCGACGCCACCUCGGAACCCACCGCCGACUGGGCUCAGUUCUUCAACCGCCCCUCCUCCGUUCAUCCCUUCAUCGCAACAUCCAUCCCCGCCGACUCAACGGUCGUCACAACAGCCCCUGUCGCCGCCGCCGCGGCCUCCGGCGGCAUCACCCGCUCCAUAGGAAAAGCGCCGCCCCGCAAGCGCUCGAGAGCCUCUCGUAGGGCCCCCACCACCCUACUUAACACCGACACCACCAACUUCCGCGCCAUGGUCCAGCAGUUUACCGGUGUGCCGACUGGGCCGUACAGCACCGACGGGUUCGGGUUCGGGUUCGAGCCAGACAACCCGAUCCGACAACCACCAGCGGCCAUGCAGCAACAUCAACGGCAAUACUAUCAGUUCAGGCCACCACAGCAACAGCAACAGCAACAGCAAGAUGUGAUGCAUGCGGGCUAUGGAAUGGUGGGAGAUGGCAUGGAUGAUGGGCAGGUGAUGCCGGGGUUCUUCAUUGAUGGCCUGGGCCAUAGAUAUACUUUUAAUGGAUGAUGAUGAUGUAAGUAGAAGAUUGAGGACAUGUUAAUUAUAAAGGUUAUUAUUUGAUUAUGGCUAUGUUUAAAGAGCAUAUACAUGCAUGCAUGAUGAGUCGAUGAUGUCUUGAUUAAUUAUUAUACAUGCAUGCAUAUAGCUAGGUAGCUUGCUAGUUGUCAAGUUUCAUAUCCUUAUCCUUCUAUGAUUUUUGUAAGCUCUGAAUGAGCUUAUUGGUCACGUUUAAUUCCUUUGAAUUUUAUUGAAGGUAGCUUGUAAGACAAGUAACUAGCGCGUAAUUGAGGGAAGAUGUUUGGUGCUAUUUGAUGA